GUGAUCGCAUUCUUUUACCAUGGCUCUACGUGUUAUUAACAUGGCUCUCCGCCGUCAGCUGGCUGCCCAAUUGCCCCGUACUUCCCAAGUGGGCAGCGUUGCCUCUGUCCACACUUUGGAGAAAAUUGGUAAACGUGAAAUCGUCGGCUACGGAUGGAACGGCACUGCAUGCUAUGUUGACCGUGUCGACUACCCCAUGCCCCCAGUACGUUUCCGCGAGCCCACCAACGAAAUCAACAGCUUGCGCGAAAAGGAGAAGGGAGACUGGAAGAAGUUGAGCGUCGAGGAGAAAAAGGCUUUGUACCGUGCCAGUUUCUGCCAAACUUUGGCCGAACUUAAAGCUCCAUCCGGCGAAUGGAAAUUGCAUUUGGGUAUGGGCUUGUUGUUUGCCAGUGCCGCUAUCUGGGUAGCAAUUCUCAUGAACCUUUUCGUUUAUGAUGAAUUGCCUGCUUCAUUCGAUGAGGAACACCAAAAGGCCCAAUUGAAGCGUAUGCUCGAUUUGGAAAUCAACCCCGUUGCUGGUCUUUCAUCCAAAUGGGACUACGAAAACAAGAGAUGGAAGAACUAAAUUUGCCACUUUGAGUGGAGAAAAUAGUUGUUUCUUUUGUAUAUCUAAGUCGACACCUAAAAUGUUUAGCCCAUUUGUUAUUGUGACUUGAGAU